AGCAACUAAAUUCUAAAUGAAUACAUCAAGAAGUGGGAUGCUGGGCAGCUUGCAAGAUGUUCUUACAGGGAAACAUCUUUAGUGGUGACAGGAGUAUACCUAUGUUCCUUUUUAAUUAGAAGUGAGGGCGCAUACAUUGCCUCAAGUUAUGACUAACUUAGUCUUGGUCCUGCCUAUUGCCCCAUGUUGUCUACCAUGUUAUUGAGCUAGAUCUUCUGGUACCAUUAAAUCCCAUCUUUGUUCAUGAUAGACCCUUAAAUUGUAAGAUCUGAAAACAAGUGAGAAAAUCCCAUAUCCUUCUAAGCUUAUACCUCGUGCCUUUGAAGUGACAAUUAUGAAGGCUGACUCCCUCAAAAUAAAAAGCUAAGAGAUUAAAAUAUAGCCCACGAGUAAAUUGCUGUUUAUUUGAGAUAUACAAUAAAAAGAAGCCAACAAGCAGCAUGAUAAAUCAUUGUAAAGCCUACAAUAUGGUGUUACCCUACAAGGUUACUGGUGGAAGGUGUUGUAUUUGGCUUCAAAAAGGUUUCUCACACUCUUAUUGCUUCCAAAUACUGGCCAUUUUCCCCCAGCUGAGACAACCAGCAACUGUUAGUUUAUUUUAUUGUCUCCCCGUGUCCCAUCUAAUUGCUCUGGGUGGUUAACACUUUUACUUUUUCCAAGGUAUGGGGAGGGCAUCCACAAUGUGACGGGUGUUAUGUUACGUUCUGCAUGCUUCGAGACAGGACCAAUAGAAUUCAAGCACAUCACCCAUCUACUUAGCAACUCCCUCUCCAGCCCCAGUUCUGUCCUGUCUUGCUUGGUAGACAGUGCUGUUUUUCGCCCUCUCAGCUCAAUACGUGUCGGAUUCUGCUUUCUACUGUGUGCAAGGGGGGGAAGGGAGUCGCCAAUCGUUCCGGUUUGUCUUGCACCCCGCUGCUAACCACUUUUCUCCUAUCUGUCUCUGAUUUCACUCCUCCCCCCCCCCAUUGCCUAACUCUUUCCGAUCACGGAGCUCUAAGUUCUUUCGCCGGUUCCCCCCCGCCGCCCUUUUCGGCAAUGGAAUUGGCACACACUGGCAACAUGCUUAGAGGCUCCCUUUUGGAGGGACCUCAGAAUCGCCGCAUAUUUCCACGCAGGCGGGAAGUGGCUCCGCGUUACUACCGGGCACACUGAAUAGAGCAGCUUCGGCUGACCAAGUGCUGCCAUCGGCUUCCUUGUCCCUUUAGGCUAUUUUGCAAGCAGCUUCUACAGUCCCUGCUGUUUUCAAAGCUACUAAGAAGACAAAGCACUUAAACGCGGAGGGGACAAAAAGAAAAAAGAGGAAAUGUGCUUCCAAGGCUGCUCCUCUCAGUGAACGUCUGCAGUGCAGGCAGUCAGAGCACAGCAACUGGCUCUAGAAACAACGGUCGUUCCCGCCAAAAUGGCGGCCGCCAUUUUAAGCCCUAUUGCAAUCCCGCCUGCAGCUUCAGAAAAGACCCUAGUGACAGAUCAAGCCGCUGUGUUGUCAGUGAGGCAGCAGGCUAUGACGCAAGAAACAGUAAGAGUUGGUGGUAACCUGGAAUCUCUUACGUGUGCUCCUAAUGGGGGUAAUGUUCACAGUGGGGAUGUUAUUAUAGGACCUAAUAAUGAACAUAUCUCUCCUACUGAAUUACGCUGGUUGGGGGACUUUGUUAAGAAACAAUGUCUCAGCCUGUUUGAACCACCUGCAUCAGCUGGGGUGAAUUUGGUGCCCUAUACAUCAUCUGGGGUACAGUCUGCCCCCACUAAUGCUGACAUGACUGUUAACUCGGUCAUUCCUGUAUUACCAAGACCUCCCACACACAGUUGCAGGCGUCCUUUCUCAUCAUCUCCUGAUUCUAGCCCAGCUAGGAGGGCUAUCCCUAUGGGAGAGAGGGCUGUGUUCCAAAGGCCAUGCAAAAGAUAUAAGCAUAGGAAGGAGACUAUGGAACCUUACUCUUCAGGUGAUGCAGCGCAGAAACUAGCGCGCCCAAGGGUACUUAUACAAGGUGACACAACAGUACCUGUGGCUGUUCCUAGUAACAAUCCAUUGGCGGAUACACAAUCCCUGUCCAUGCCCCCGGUGGCUGCGCCAGGUCCUCUACCUGCCAGCACUGGGCAUAGACCCCACCAUUCUGACUCUACCUCCUCAGAUGAAGAAAAAGAGGGCGGCGAACUCUCAGAUGAGCAAAAUUUACCUGAGAAACCCAAUACGGUCAGGUUGUUCCCAGCUGCAGAAUUUGAACUCCUGUUAACCAAAGUAAAGAGAGCCAUAAAGGAUGUGACGACUACUGUGGAUAAUCCUCAGGUGUCUGCGUUAAAUCAGGAGGUAUUCCCAUCUACCCUUGUCUCAGCAGCCACAGUUCCCUUUCCAUCUUUAUUUAAGGAGGUUAUGUUAGCUGAAUGGGGUGUGCCUGUAGCGCACAAGCCUGCCAUAUCUUUUCCUAAAAAACUUUAUUCACUCCCACCUGAUAUGUUCCUCCUAGCUGUGCCCGUUGUGGAUGCGCCCGUUGCACAAUUGGUAAGCGGUGCCCUGCUGAACAAGGAAGGUGAUGAAUUCCUGAAGGCACGAGAGGAGAAAAAGGCUGGCCACCUUCUGAGAAAGGCACACGAGGCCUCCGCUACUGUGAUUAGAGCAGCAACAACCAAUUCAGUCUUCGCCGGAGCGUCCGUAUUGUGGAACAAGCAACUGGCCAAGUUGGUUCCACCAGAAAAUGUCAAGCUGUGCCAAGAGCGUUUAAUCGAUUCCCAAAUGUUGGCUAUGGAGAUGGUUUCCGGGACAGAGACCAACUCGGAUCUUCCUUCAGACAACCUUGGCGUCAAUCCUGGGGAAACAAAAACAGAGGCAGCUCCAAGAAUAGACCAGGAUCCUUCACAGGCCCUCCGGAUGGAUGGAACCGUAAGCAGUGACUCUAUUCCUGUGAGGGGCAGACUACAGGAGUUUGCCUCGGUAUGGAGGGAAAGUUCCUCAGACCUGUGGGUAUUGCAAACAUUGUCACAGGGGCACAAGAUAGAUCUGAUUUCUCACCCUCCAGAUUUCUUUUUUGAAACACCAGUAUCCAAAGUCCAAACAAAGCAGCUCCUUAUGGACCAAGCCAUCCAACAUUUACUAGAAAUCAAGGCUAUAGAGUCGAUUCAACCGACAGAGAUGGGUACCGGAGUAUUUUCCUUGCUCUUUUUGAUCCCAAAGAGGGACGGCUCCUGGCGGGCAGUACUGAACCUGAAGCGGCUGAAUCGGUUCGUGAAAAAACGCAGCUUUCGGAUGGAAUCUCUAAGAACCAUCAAGGCUGCUAUCCAUCCGGGAAAUUGGUUAGCCUCCACCGACUUAUCAGAGGCUUAUCUUCAUGUUCCGAUUCACCCAGCUUCUCGUCGGUACCUACACUUCUCUUACAACCAAAAAUGUUACCAGUACAGAGCCCUGCCUUUCGGCUUGACAUCGGCUCCUCGAGUUUUCACCAAACUCAUGGUAGCGGUGAUUGCCCACAUUCGUCAGGAGGGCAUUCAUGCCUAUCCAUAUUUAGAUGACGUGCUCCUUCAAUCUCUCAAUUACAGGCAAGCGACCAGGGACCUGAGUCGCACAGUGCACAUCAUGGAAAGCCAUGGGUUCAUCAUCAAUCGGGCCAAGAGCCACCUACAGCCAUCUCAACUCCUGCAACAUCUCGAGGUGUUAUUCGACACACAGAGGGCUACUGUCUCCCUGCCGCCAGAGCGGCAGAUGAAAAUCGCAAAGGCCAUCAGACCAUGGCUAUCCAGAAGGAAGGGGACGGUGAUGUCCCUGGCUCAAAUUUUAGUCCUGAUGAUAGCCUGCUUGGAGUGCACACCCUGGGCCAGGUGGCACCCCAGACCACUACAGUAGUUUUUGCUCCCUUACCAACAGGACAU